GCGCAUGCGCCAGACGCCUGGUUUCCCUGGCAGCGGGGAUUGUUUUCGGCCAAACCAUCUGCGCGGCGCUGCGGGGGGGAACGCCGGGUAAGGGCGAGCCCACUGACGGGGGGACACGGGGCUGCCGCUGCGCUGCCACCGAGGCGGACGGGCCCAAUCUUUAAUAAAGUCUAUGGCCCAGUUAUGUUAAAGUUGUUAAUUACUUUCAAGACAAUGAUGAAUGCCGAGGAAGAAGCAGCCGUUGUGUUGAGCCUCCUUUAACUGAAGACUGAAAAUGCCGACAGUUGAAAGUGAGGCAAAGGCAAAAACCAAAGUUCGCUUUGAGGAAAUCUUCAGACGUCAUGCUGGCCUAACAGAUGAAAAUAAAUCAAGGAAAAAGAAGUUCCCCUCUCAGGAGAAUAUUGUGCUUGACACUUUUAGAAGUAAUAUUGAUCUAACCAAAGAAAAUGGGAAUGAUGAAUCAAUUAUAAACAACACUUACAAUCAAGAAGAAGAGAGUCCCCGAUUCACAAAAAAUAGAGAUAAAGCAUCACACUCAGAGAAAAUAAAUAACGAUGUUGUUAGUGAGGAGGCAAGCAAGCAAACAAAGUCUAACAAGAAGAAAAAGAAAUCGUUGUUACAAGAACAAUUUAAUGAGGAGGAAAAUUUAUGUGAAGCUAAAUCGGAGCGUCUUGAAAAAAAAAAAAAUGAUUUUCCAAAGAAAAAGACAAAAAGUAAAUCACAAACAGAUGUACCUCAUCAAGAAGGUGAUGGAAAGAUUAAAAAUUCCUUCACUGAAGUGAGAAAUGCAACUGAAUUAGAAGAGGAAGAAGAGCUAAUUCAAGCCUAUCAGUUGCAUGUGGCUGAGAAUGAGGUAAAUGCAAUUAAAAAGAAAAUAAGAAUGAAACUUAAAGAACAGAUGUCUGAAUUUACCUCUGCUCUUCAAAGCCAUGAAGUUUUAUUGAGUGAUGAAGCGGGCAAAAAGAAGAAAAAGAAGAAAGAAGUCGCAGUCGUGUGUGAAGCAGAAACAAGUGCAAUGUCCCUUUCUGAGCUACAGCAUCAUCCAGGAGAAGGUGAUAAUGAAAAUCAUUUAUUGGAAAGAGAAUUUGUAUCAGAAGGACAGAACCUGGAGGAAAGCAUGGAAAAACAGAAACCUAAAGUAAAGCAGGUUAAAAAGAAAACCAAAAAAGAUAACUCAGGAAUUACUGCAGAAAAUGAUGAGGAAAUGAAGACUUCAGAAAUUUCAACUCAGUCUAAAAUUGGUUCUGAUGAUGAUCUUGUGUUGGGAGUUUAUAUCCAUCGAUCUGAUCGACUUAAAACUGAUCUGGUAUCUCAUCCUGUAGUUAAAAUCCAUAUUGUUGAUCAGAGAAGUGGCUCAUAUGUCAAGAAGGAGCACAGGGAGAGGAAAGUAGUGUCUUACUAUGAGGAGGAGCAAAUCGACCACAUUCUUCCUAUUAUGACACAGCCGUAUGACUUGAGACAGUUUAAAUCAACAGUUCCAGAAUGGGAGGAACAACUUAUUUUUAAUGAGCGCUUUAAUUAUUUUAUUCAAAAUACUGAAGAAAGCCCUCAAGUAAUUCUCUUUUUUGAGAUCCUCGAUUUUCUAAGUAUGGAUGAAGUGAGAGUCAGCUCUGAUGCACGAAUUCAGGACUCUGGUUUCCGAAAAAUCUGUUGGGCGUUUCUAAAGCUUGUUGGUGCAAAUGGAGUUCUAAAUGUGGAUGGAAAACUCCGUCUGCAGUUGUAUUACCCACCUUCAAAGACCAGGUCCCAUUCAGACAUCGUUGAAGUUUAUGACUGGUGGGCAAAGUGUCCUAGAAAUCGCUACCCAUCAACUUUAUAUGUUACUGUAAGAGGCAUAAAACUGCCAGAUCAUGUUGCCCCUUCUUUCCGUUCUAUGGUGGCAGUUCAGCAGGAACAAAGUAGUGCAGCACUGAGUGAGCUCCAUGGAGAGGGAUCUAGAAAAUCAUGUGAAGUCAGUUCUCCAGAGGAAAAAAAAGAGCAGCUAAAGUGGUCAAGGCUGCCUGGACAGGCUUGCCGCAUUCCAAACAAACACCUGUUUUCACUGCGAGGUGGAGAUAUGGGCUGUUUCUGUAUUCGUUUCUCUCGUGAUGGAAGAACCCUGGCAGCAGCAUGUGCAGGAAAGAAUGGCUAUCCCAUCGCUUUGUAUGAAAUUCCUUCUGGGCAGUUCCUGAGAGAAUUCUACGGUCACCUUAACAUAGUGUAUGAUCUUUGUUGGUCAAAGGACAGUAAACACCUUCUUACUGCUUCCUCUGAUGGUACUGUCAGAAUGUGGAAGAUUGAAACACAGGUUGCAUCUGCAAUGAAAGUUUUCCCUCAUCCUUCAUUUGUUUACACUGCAAAGUACCACCCAGUUGCUGACUUUCUGGUGGUGACAGGAUGUUAUGAUGCUGUAAUUAGAAUAUGGAAUGCUAACGUGAACGAAAUCAAUGGACAACUGCUACAGGAGCUUGAUGGUCACAAAAGUUUCAUCAAUACACUUUGUUUUGAUACAGAAGGGCUCCACAUGUUCUCAGGAGAUAGUUCAGGACUGAUAAUAGUUUGGGAUACGUCUGUGAAAGGAAGUUCUCAAUGCCUGUUUCAACACUGGAAAAUUAAUAAAGAAAUAAAAGAAAAUGAUCUUAGAGGAACUCCAAUAAAUCAUUUGGAGGUACAUCCAAAUGGAAGACGUUUAUUAAUCCAUGCCAAAGACAGUACCCUGAGAAUUACAGAUCUCAGAAUCUUGGCUACAAAGAAAUAUAUAGGUGCUACAAAUUACAGAGAGAAGAUUCACAGCACUUUAACGCCGUGUGGUACGUUUCUUUUUUCUGGAAGCGAAGAUGGAAAAGCAUAUGUAUGGAAUCCAGAGACAGGAGAUCAGGUGGCAAUAUAUUCCGAACUUUCCUUCACAUCUCCACUUCGUGACGUUGCCUUUCAUCCACAUGAACAUAUGGUGUCAUUUUGUGCCUUUGGUCCAAACCAACCAAUACUUGUAUAUAUUUAUGAUUAUAAAGUUGCACAACAAGAAGCUGAACUUGUAAAGGAUCUCAGCUCAUCACUUAGCACAUCUGCACCAAGGGGACCACAAAUCAGUAGCAGUUUUUCUGAAAUUCCUAUGCAAAAAAGUUCAGUGAUGUCUCCAGCAGAUCAGUUUGUCAGUGUUGCAAGAACAUCAAUGCGAAUGCAAAAGUUGAAACAAAAACUUGAUUCUGUAAUGACGAGCUCAAAUCUCUUGCUUCCUGCUCCAUCAUCACUGUCUCCAGACUCCAAACUAAGACUGCCAAACACUUUGAGCACUCCAUUGAAUCCUCUGUAUUCUUUCUCAGGGUGUUUCAGCCCAGUAGGAAAUCCUCUCAGUCGAACACUAUUGGGCAGAAUACAGAUGAGUGAUGACCGUCUGACUGCACUGGGGGAAAGAGGAGGAAGCAGUUGUCUGCUCGAGCAAGAGACAGUAGUGGCUCUUUAUGACUACACAGCGCAUCGAUCAGAUGAGCUAACCAUCCAUCGCAGUGACAUUAUCCAAGUGUUAUACAAAGAUAAUGAUAACUGGUGGUUUGGCAGCCUAGCAAAUGGACAGCAAGGCUAUUUUCCAGCUAAUUAUGUGGCUGGCGAAAAAGAGUAUGAAGAACAGCCUUCAGGAUUAGUUUCAGACUGUGCUCCUCUUCUACCCAAAGGACCUCAAGAAACAGAGGAAAGUUCUCCGACACCCCAUAAGAUGUCACCAGACGUCAGUAAGUCAGGGGGCCUGAAAUGCAUCUCAGAGCGUGACACAGACAGAGACUCACCUGCAACACAAAGCUUAAAGAAAAAGAAGAAAGGGGUACAGAAGAACGAGAUAGAAAAUCAGCCCUACUUAAUGGGCCUCGAUUCUCCAGUAUCAUCAGCUAAUGGUGUUCAAAAUGAACCUACAGCCCAUGGGGUGGAAUUGAAGAAGAAGAAAAGGGCAGUGAGAAGCUCAAACUUAAGAACAAGUGGAAUGACAAAUACUGCUUUUGAGCCUGAAUGCUAUGAUGUGUAGUCAUCAUUUAAUUCCAAAUACUGGUGUGACAUGCAGUAUACACUUACACUUGAGUGCUGCAACUGAUCUUCACUUCUAGGACUGACAAGGAAUAAAGAACAACAACAAUAAAGAAAUAAAUCAAUCAAAUGCACAAAAUGGUGCUGGUUGUGAGUUACCAGUGGUGUAAGCCUGUUCAGAACAGUUUUGUUCAGGGUUCCUUGAAAUUAACAGAACUUGAAUGCUGAGCUACUCACUGUACUGGUAAAAUCUGAAAUGCAUUUUCAUAUUUCAUGAGAACCCCGCUGACAAAUGUAGUGUUAAACAUGUGAUCAUAUUUUAAGCCAGGCUGACCAGACAUUUCUGUGGGCUGCUGAUCAGUCUGUUGCAAGCAGAGAAUAGAGUCCUAAGUGUGAUCUAGAACAGAACAAGCCUGACCCUGAAGUUCUUGAAUAAGCAUUUUACAAUUCUGUUGUAAAAUCGAGCAGUGUUCAGAAUGGUGACAUUUCAAAGGAAUGCUGAUGUUACAGUGUACCUGAAAAAAAAGGCUUUUAAAAAGUGUUCUCCUGGUGGGAAAUAAAUAUCCACUGAGACCACAUUUUGCAGCACUUAAGUGAAUUGUUUAGUAACUAACUAUGCAUCUACUGUGACUUCAGUAGGACUACCCAUGCUUACCUAUACAAAUAAGUGUUGCAGAUUCCAGGCACUUAUAUUUUCAAAUGAGGUUUUCUACACAUAAUAAAGGUGCAUUGCAGUUUUGUCAGAGUUCCUGGCUGCUUUGGCAGCAGUCUUGCCAAAUACACAUUCUUCUGUCUGAAUGAAAUAUUUCACUUCAAACCGUGUUCUUUGCUUUCCUUUUGCAGUUGUAUGUCAUUAAUCAGGUUUUUCUUUUGUUGUUUUGUUUCUUGAGUAUUAUGUUGUAAACUUUCACUAAUGAUUUCACUGAUUACCUGCAAUUCUAAAUAAUUUAUGGUUUAUAUUAAAUUAAACACUUUCUAUCAGUUAGUGUUGA